CUUAAAGUUAAAACAAACGUCUUCAGGAUUUCUUUGAAUAUCACUUUAUAAGAUAAAACGCAUAUGGAAUCAAGAUCAAGCCCAUGACGUAGGCGUGCUGAUAAAAUAUGUAUUAUCUGAAGCCUAUCUGUGACUUGAAGUCUGCACAACUUCAUUUUCAGAGGGAGAGAGAAGUUGUCCGUCCAUACCCUCCAAGACAUCAACAACAGAAGAUGGAGAGUUGUGUGCAAGGAUGAAAAGGACUCCGAAUAUUUAUAGAAAAGUACUGAGUAAAAGGGGGGGGUGAGUGAGUAGCACGGUCGUGUGAUGCGCCAGGUUUCCGCGCACAGUUCAGCAGCCUAUGAAAAGAAAUAACGCCAGUUACGCGCACUUGAUGCCUCGGAGAAGCCACCCUAUCCUCACAUGCCAGGCUGUUUCACUUUAGAACCCGUGCUGUGGCCAGUCUCUACAGCAGACCGAGAGAGGAGGAGAAGAACCCUCGAUGGAAAACCAUGCAGCGCUUUGAACCCAUGGAGACAUGGCACAUUGUUUCCUUUUAUCUCCGAACAGAUUCAGCGCCAGAUUCGCCUUCAUCUUCACGGUGUCCCUGUCCUUCACCUAUUUAUGCUACAGCAUCAUCUUUUGUCGCGGCACAAUCAUGACCAGCAAGGUUUACGAAGGGAAACGAUGCCCGACGAGCAAGACCGCGGGAGGAAAGAAACUUCUUGGAAACGUCGACGUUUGCGCAUCGCUGGACGUGCGCUUCGCCCUGGAUGUGACCGCCGCCCGGCGAGGAUCCAGCGAUGUUCGCAACCAGAGUAAAGUCCCCGUCGCGUCUGGGAGUCACGGGGCGGACGCGAAGUUUAGAAACAUGACUGUGGCGCAAAAAUAUGGGAAUAGGAAGCUGCCCAACGCGCUGAUAGUCGGGGUAAAAAAGGGAGGCACCAGGGCGGUGCUGGAGUUCAUCAGGAUUCAUCCAGAUGUGCGCGCCCUCGGAACAGAGCCGCACUUUUUCGACAGGAACUACGACCGAGGGCUGGAGUGGUACAGGGCACUGAUGCCACGGACGCUCGACAGCCAGAUUACACUGGAGAAGACUCCCAGCUACUUUGUGACCAGAGAGGCGCCCCGACGCAUCGCCAGCAUGUCCCACGAGACCAAGCUGAUCGUCGUGGUGCGCAAUCCCGUCACGCGAGCCAUCUCUGACUACACGCAGACUCUUUCCAAGAAGCCCGACAUCCCCACCUUCGAAGAGUUGGUCUUUAAAAACAGAAGUUUGGGUAUCGUCGACACCUCCUGGAAUGCCAUUCGCAUCGGGAUGUACAUCCUGCACCUGGAGAACUGGUUGCAGUACUUCCGCCUGUCACAGGUGCACUUUGUGAGCGGCGAGCGACUCAUCACGGACCCGGCGGGGGAAAUGGGCCGCGUUCAAGACUUUUUGGGACUGAAGAGAAUAAUAACGGACAAGCACUUCUAUUUCAAUCGCACAAAGGGCUUCCCUUGUCUGAAGAAGCCGGAGAGCAGCAGCCAGCCGCGCUGCCUCGGAAAAUCCAAGGGAAGGACUCAUGUGCAGAUCGACCGUGAGGUCAUAGAGCAGCUGCGGGAGUUUUAUAGGCCGUUUAAUAUCAAAUUCUAUGAAACUGUCGGACAGGACUUCAAAUGGGACUGACUGACUGACUACCUCUAGAGAUGUAUUCAGUGAAAAAUGGUCUAGGGUAUCUUCAGCGGAAUGUCAUCUUAGUCCUAUUGAACUCUUGACAUCGUGACUCAGUUGUCCCCGGAUUAGACAAACCCUAUAUUUACACGGAAAUACACGGAACCUUUAUUUUGUACUUCUGUUGUUUACAUCAUUUUUUUUUUCCGUGAAAUGUAUAAGGAUGAAGAAAACGGCUGGAAAUACCGAUUGAACAGUGCCGAAUCAGCAUGUUAGGUAACAGUCGAUUGUACAAUUUUUUUUUUUUUUCUCCUUCAGACGUUUCAUUAGGACAAUCCGAAGCUCAGCCUGCACAAAUCCCAAAGAUGUUGCUUUGUACGUACACUUGACAAAUCAACAUAGAGUGAGGAUUGUCUGGAUAUGGGUGUUAUUGCUUACUAAUACGUUUUCAGUCAAACCUAACCUGUCAUCAAUUUUAGUCAUCAAGUUUUUAAGUGCUCACAAUGACAAAAUGGAUAACAAUCGUGCUCAUUAAAUGUGCUAUAAAACAUCACUCAGAAAGAGGGGUCAACGUGUACAAAAGAAAACCACUGGUGUGACUCAGUCCGGCUCGUUUUUCUGUUAGCACUUUCAUUGUGUCCAUCAAUAAAAACCCGAAA